GCACAGAGAUAAAGGCAGGGCCUUAUGUAACUCUCUUUGAAAGGAACCUGAUCCCUGCGCUCACCCCUCCCGUGUUGUGUUGGCGCUUUGCUCGGGGAUCCAAUCCAGCCGCAGCCGUCCAGGCUGAGCUCCCGCAUCCUGCUUCUACUGCCCCGCACACUCGCAGCGCUGCAGUAUCAGCCAUGGCCAAUGAAUCGAGGCCCUGCCCGUGUGAUAUUGGAGACAGGUUUGACUAUGGAGGCCGGGGGCAGGAGGUACAAGUUGGGCACAUCAAGGCCUACGUCUGCAAACCUUCUGCCAGCACCGACAAAGCCGUGAUUGUGAUUCACGACAUAUUUGGAUGGCAGCUCCCAAACACCAGAUACAUUGCUGAUAUGCUAACAACUAACGGAUACACAGCCAUCUGCCCAGAUUUUUUUGUGGGACAAGAAGCUUGGAAGCCUUCUAAUGACUGGGCAUCUUUCAAUGACUGGGUGAAAACACGAGAUGCCGGCAAAAUAGACAAAGAAGUUGAUGUCGUCCUCAAGUAUCUAAAGGACCAAUGUGGUGCAAAGAAGAUUGGUGUCAUUGGGUUUUGCUGGGGUGGAGCAGCAGUGCAACAUCUGAUGCUGAAAAAUCCGCAUUUAAAGACCGGAGUGUCCCUCUAUGGAGUGAUCAGCCGUUUUGAGGACAAACACAGUUUGCUGCAUCCUACCUUCUUCAUUUUUGGUGAGAAGGAUGACAUUAUUCCAUUGGAGCAGGUCACCUUACUGGAGCAGAAGCUUAAACAAAACUGUAAAGUUGAUUAUGAAGUUAAAAUUUACCCUGGACAGACGCAUGGGUUUGUGCAUCGCAAAAGAGAAGAUAUCAAUCCUCAAGAUAAACCUUAUAUUGAGGAAGGAAGAAAGGAUAUGAUCAACUGGCUGAAUAAAUAUCUUUAGAUUAAAUUGAUGCCAAUAAACAAAAUCUGUUGUUGUAGGAAAUCAGAAAAUAGUAUGGACUAUAUUGCUUAAAAGGUUCUUACAACCUUAAAAUAUUUUGUAAAACUCUUCUGCAAUAACACUACUUAUUUGCACUUACCUUCUAAGUAGGGGCUUAGAAAGGGCUUUUCAAAUGCUGAAAGUUACAAAUGUAAAGGUUUUUAACACUGGUCUUGCAUAUCUUAAAACCAUUAGAAUUUCAUGUGGCAUAUUUUCUGGCAUCUGAAAGUUUAAGUUUUUAUAUCAAUGUCAACAUGAUUAAAAAUCAUUGAAACUCUGA